GGACCUCAGUGCGCCCUGACCCCACCAGCGCUGGCUGCUGCCCUGCUCCGUCACCACCCUGGGGAGGGCCAGGGAGAGGUCGAGGCAGCCGUGUGGCUCCCCCCGGGGCGCCCAGCCCAGCCUGCUCCUCCCCACCCCUCACACGGAGCUGCUGGGUCACCCCGAGGCAGGAAAUCAGAUCGCCCCAUCCUGCCUGUCAGUGUCACCUUCUUUGUGGAAGGACUCUUGUACCUUCACGGGCGCCCUGUGGCAUCUGACACACCUGGGGCGCCAUGUGGAGCAGCCCGCGUCUUUCCUGUGUGGGUCUCAGGCACGACGGCAUCAAGGACGACGGCCAGAGCGCGAGUGAAUGAACGAAUGGUCUUGGCUCGGCAAGGCCGGCCUGGUGUUCUGGGUGCUGUGCGUCCUCGGCCAUCUGACGGCCGGUAAGCGGCUUAUGGCAGGUGGCCUGACAGAGCCUCCUGGCACCUCCAGGCGGGGCCCUGGCCCACAGCUUCCUGCUGCCGCCAGGGGAGGCGCUGUGACUCGAUUCCGAGCCAAGCUCUGCAGAGCACCCAGUCACUGGGCAGUCUGGACAGAGGUGCUUGGUGGGUCUGCAGUGCACGUGGGACCUCUGACUGCAGCCCGGAGCCCCGUCAUGGGCUGGUCAGGUUAGGGGUCUAUGAGACCUUCGGCGCCUGGACACAUGCCCAGUGCCAGGGCCAGGCAGAGCCACUGGAGCCUCCAGGGCCGCAGACCGCAUGAAGUCCAGCAUGCAGGCACUGAUUCCCCGGGGGUGGGGUGGCGGGACCAGCAUCAGUGUGCAGGGCUCCAGUGUCCCGGACACACUGGGGGCUCCACGACAGUGGGAGCACAGACUGCCAGCCUCUGGGCCACGGGGAGAACUUUGAGGGAGCUUCCAGGCCCGGCUCUGCAGGCCACUCUGGGAGAGGAGGCAGGGUCUGGCGUCCGGCAGCAUCUGGGGCCAGCCUCUCUCCCCUGCUGCCUACCCCAGGACCCAUAGGUGCCGGGGAGCCACUGGGAUGAGGCCUGUCCCUCCCUGGUUGCCGCCUCCCAUCUGCCCUGUGCAUGGCUUAUCGGGUAACCGGAGCCGGUAGCUGCGUCCACGCCUGAAACAGGAAGCCCGGCCUGUGCAUGAGCCACGGCGAGAGCUCAGAGCCAAGAGCCAGAGGAUGGAGGAGCAGCAGGCGCUCGCAGCUGCCAGGGACGGGGAUGUGGCCACCCUGGAGAGGCUGCUGGAGGCUGGGGCCCUGGGCCCGGGCAUCGCCGAUGCCCUGGGUGCUGGCCUGGUGCACCACGCCACCCGGGCGGGCCACCUGGACUGCGUCAAGUUCCUGGUGCAGAGAGCCAAGCUGCCCAGCAACCAGAGGGGCCCCGGCGCGCGCCCCCCCCCUGCCACUGGCAGCCUGGCCGAGCUGCGCUGGCUUGUCCGCGAAGGGGGCUGCGGUCUGCAGGACCAAGACGCCUCGGGUGUGUCCCCACUGCACCUGGCUGCCCGCUUUGCGCACCCCCUGCUGGUGGAGUGGCUGCUGCACGAGGGCCACGCGGCCACGUUGGAGACGCGGGAAGGGGCCUUGCCGCUGCACCACGCCGCAGUCAGCGGAGACCUGACCUGCCUGAAGCUCCUGGCAGCUGCCCAUGGCAGUGGCGUGAAUCAGCGGACACGCAGUGGUGCCACCCCACUCUACCUGGCCUGCCAGGAGGGCCACCUGCACCUGGCCCAGUUCCUGGUGAAGGACUGCGGGGCAGACGUGCACCUGCGUGCCCUGGAUGGCAUGAACGCCCUGCACGCUGCCGCAGACCACGGCCACUACGCGCUCGUCGUCUGGCUGGUCACAUUCACCGACAUCGGCCUGACAGCAAGGGACAACGAGGGGGCCACAGUCCUCCACUUCGCAGCCCGAGGGGGCCACACGCCCAUCCUAGACCGACUCCUGCUCAUGGACGCCCCCAUCAUGAGGGACUCCUGGGGUGGGACCCCCCUGCACGACGCAGCCGAGAACGGGCAGUUGGAGUGCUGCCAGACCCUGGUCUCCCACCGCGUGGACCCCGCCCUGCGGGACGAAGAUGGGUACACAGCAGCAGACCUGGCGGACUACCAUGGGCACCAGGACUGCGCCCGGUACCUGCGGGAGAUGGCCCGCCCGGUGCCACUGCUGAUGACGCCCCCACCACCGCCAUUCCCCCCUCCCCCACUGUCGGCCGCCAGGCACGCCGCAGAGGAUGGACGAAGAGGGGCCUCAGGGCUCGGGACCCUCACCCCAGCAGCAGCAGCGGCCGCAUCUGUCAGUCCGGCUUGGCCUGGCCCACCCGAGGGGCCUCUGCCGAGGAAGCAGACGACCUGUGCAGCACCCCCGAGGGUCACCACCAGCACCACAGCCACCCCCUCGGUGCAGACAGCAGGGGCUGCCCCGGAUGGCCUAGCCACACUGCAGCUGGACGGGCUGCCCUUGGGCGAUCUGGAUGGGCUGGUGCCCACGCGGGACGAGCUCGGCCGGCCUAUCCCUGAGUGGAAGCGGCAGGUGAUGGUCCGGAAGCUGCAGGCACGCCUGGGCACAGAGCAGGCACUAGAAGCCCAGGAUCUGUUCAUGCUGGGCUACUUCCAGCUGCUGGAGUGCCACCUGCCGGCCGAGGAGCGCAGGGCGCGGCACCUGCUCUGCUUCGAGGUCUUCGAGCACCUGGGCACCCAUGGCUGGGAGGCGGUGCGAGCCUUCCACAAGGCGGUGACGGAUGAGGUGGCCGCAGGCCGCCGCGCCUGGACCGACGGCUUCGAGGACAUCAAGGCCCGCUUCUUCGGCUCCAGCCCCGGGCCUGCCUGGGACCCAGAGCCUGGCCGUAAGUCAGGCCUGACCCCUCUGGGGUCCCUGCCACAGGCCUCAGUCCCCAGCAGCAGCCCCGGGCCAGGCUCCCAGCGGGGCAGCUUCAACAGUGAGGACAUCUGUGCCUACAUCGACAGGAGCUUUGCCUUCUGGAAGGAGAAGGAGGCCGAGAUGUUCAGCCUGGGGGAGUGACAGCCCUCCUGGAGCCGGGCCUGGAGAGCCGCGGUGCAGCCCGCCAGAUCGCGCAUGGGUUCCUCUUCCUUCUCUUGCCCUGCCCCGGGUGGCUGGGUGAGCAGGCAGGGCUGGACCCCUGACCGGGUUGCUCUCCAUCCGUGGCUGCUUCUCCGGGCAGGAACUCACCACAAACGCACGAUGCCCUCUCAGCCAGCCUCAAAUAAGGCGCUUGCCUUCCCAGCCUCUCCACCUGGCCUGUUUCCUGCUUGCCUCCUGCCAGGGCUCCCAGGGUCUGGGUGUCCCGGACCUCAGCUUCUCGAGUACUAGUGACCCUGGCCAUGUCCAGAGUCUGUGUCCCCGUGCCCCUUGUCACUGUCCCCAGUCCCAGGCCAAUGUCAGCCAGUGGCCUUCUCCCAGUCUGCUCUGGGCUGGAUGAGGCAUACUCACCCCACCCAGAUUCCUCCCCUGCUGCAGCCUGCAGCAGGCCAGAGACCGCUGCAGCUGACCUGAGACACCUAUGCCUCCCCACUGCAGCCCUGCAGCAGAGCUGACACCCCUGCGCCACCCCACUGCAGCACUGCAGCAGACCCGAGACACCUGCGCCUCCUGCUGCAGCCCUGCAGCAGAGCUGACACCCCUGCGCCACCCCACUGCAGCCCUGAGACUGGACGCACUUGCUAAAAAAACCCGUCCUGGCUGGCCUGUGCUCGCCGUUCACCAGCCCCUGGGAGAGCUCCCACAGGCGGACAGGUGCUCAUCUCGGCCCUGCUGAGACAGCGGGGGACAGUCCUGGCCCUGCUGAGCCUCUGGCUUCUCAUCCACAAUAUAGCAACACAGGUGCGCCGGGAGCACCUGGGAGGCGACCUGACACGCUGGCGUGGCUGGCCCACCUACAGUCCUGGCUGACUGGUAGGCUGGGGCAUGAGGACAUGACCCAGCAAGACCCUGCCAAGAAAACCUGUCUUUGUCUCUCCCCUGCACACACUCUCUCUCUCAGAAAGGAAAACAAGAGGGAAGGCGGUGCUGAGCUGCCCCCGCUAGGCGUCAUGGCAAGGGCUGGCCAAGGUCCUGGGUGGUGGGCUCUCUCCUGGGUCAUCGCUCAGACACAAGCCAGCCUGGGUCAGUAUUUCACGCAGGUCUAAGGAGCAGGGCAUGACUUCAGGCCGAGCAUCAGGACGGCUCGUCGGUCCUCAUGGCCCUGGGUCUGCACCCGACAUGCGGCCAAGGGAGAUGACCAAGGCCUGUCCACCCGGUCUGCUGCUGCCGGAGGGCAGCUCUGCGGGCAGCGGUCAGUGCAGUUCACGUUUGGCUACUGGCUGUCUCCAGAGGGAGCCCAGCAGGGGGCGCCCCACAAGCACCCAGGUUUCAGGAGGACCUGGGGGGGGCUGCCAGGUGAGGGUGAGGGAGUAGCUCACAUCCAGCCUCCUCUCUGGAAGGAAGAGGGAAGCUCUCGGGGUGCUCAGGGGUGACUCCACAUGUCCUGCAGACACCCUGCUUCUGCGUGCCCCCCAGGAUUCUGGUCCUCGCCCUGAGGUGGGCUAGGAAUGUGACCUGAAAGAUAUCCCAGGGGCUUCUGAUCCCCAGGCCCACUCAUGCCUCACCUGGAUGAAGCAGAUGGACUGGCAAGGCCACCCCCACCACCGUAAGGCCCCUUCGGUGCCUGUGUCUCCGUGGCAAAAAACUUCCCUGAGGGCCUGGAGUCUGGAGGCUGCAAACUUGGGGAAGUGGCCGGUGGCCAGACCCCGAUGCUAGACCAGGGCUUCCCGGUGAGUCUGGAGCUGCAGGGGGAAGAGCCCGCGGCCCGGCCCGUAACCGUGCAGGGCGGAGAUGGAGACCACCGUUUCUCAGGACUGGGCUCACCCCGACCAAGGCCUGAGCGCGCCACACGUUGACAUGAGGUCUGCAAAAUGCAUGUCGCCAAGGUGCCUUCCCACUCAGUCCGUCCCGGAAACAGUCACCCGGGGACGCCACCUGGUGAUGACGGUCCAGGAAAGCAGUCUGCAGGUCCUUAGCAGACGUGACCGAGGUCACUCCCUCUUGAGAGGGAAACACCCCGUGAUGGAGACGAAUCUCACAGCCGUGUAUUCAAACACGGCCCGCUCAGCAGUACCCACGCGAGGACGUCGAGCGACAGGACACACUCGUGCCGCGACGCUGGCCGGGCCGGCGUGAUAACCAACGGCAGCUGCCUUUCCUGGUGUGGUCUUCUGGUUUCUAAUUUUCUGCUUUCCAAAAAGAACAUGCUAUUUUUAUCAUCAUAAAAAGAAGCAACCAGAGUAUUUUUAAAAACUGCACCACUCGCUAGCAGCCUGUUGACGAGGAUACGUUUUGAGCCCCUGGUGUUGAGUUUCCCAGACUGGCCUAUUACCCGAGGCUCUGGGUCUCGGUCCCCAGGUCUGUGAGGCCAAGCACGCUGUGCCAAGCAGAGCCAGCUCCCAGGACAGCCGCCUGUCACCAGAACCCCCGUCCUCGUUCCCUCCGGCCCGAGCCAGGAGCGUGCUGACCCCUCGCGCUCCUGCACACGGGCACAGUGGCAGACCCGGUACCCGUUUGUCCUCCAGCCCCCACCCCACGAUGGUCCUGGAUGCAGUGGGGGGGACAUCCAUGACCGGCCCCCUCCCCACAUGAGGAGAUGA